AUGGCCAUUAAAGUUAUGGUUUUGGACCCUUCAGAGAAUUGCCCGGCCAGUGCCCUUGCUUAUGAUCACAUGGUUGGGAGCUUUGAUGACAGUGCUACUCUUGAAGAAUUUGCUAAAACAUGUGGAGUUUUGACGGUUGAAAUUGAACAUGUGGAUGUUGCAACUCUAGAGAAGCUUGAACAACAAGGAAUUGAUUGUGAACCUAAAGCUUCUACCAUUCGAAUUAUUCAAAUUAAUAAUCUAGAAGAAACCAAGAGAGCAGGUGAACUAUAUGGCUAUCCUCUUAUGAUUAAGAGCAAGAGGUUAGCUUAUGAUGGGCAAGGAAAUGUUGUUGCAAAGAGUGAAGGAGAAAGCUCUUCGGCCAUAGAUGUCCUUGGUGGAUUUGGUCGUGGCCUGUAUGUUGAGAAAUGGGCUCCUUUCAUAAAGGAGUUGGCUGUCAACGUGGCAAGAGGAAUAGAUAACUCUAUCCUGUGCUAUCCAGUUGUUGAAACUAUUCACAAGGAAAACAUAUGUCACAUUGUUAAGGCACCUGCUGACGUGCCAUGGAGGAUCAGAAAACUUGCAAAUGAUGUUGCAUAUAAAGCUAUAAGUUCAUUAGAAGGUGCUGGUGUCUUUGCAGUGGAGUUGUUUUUGACGAGGGAUGGUCAGAUUCUACUAAAUGAAGUAGCUCCAAGACCUCAUAAUAGUGGUCAUCACACUAUUGAGUCCUGCUAUACAUCACAGUUUGAACAGCAUUUGGGGGCUGUUGUUGGUCUUCCUCUCGGUGAUCCAUCCAUGAAAACUCCAGCUGCUAUCAUGUACAAUCUACUGAGUGAGGAUGAAGGGGAGCCAGGUUUCAAAGUGGCACAUCAACUAAUAGCAAGGGCACUGGAGAUUCCAGGAGCUACUGCUCAUUGGUAUGAUAAGCCAGAAAUGCGAAGGCAAAGGAAGAUGGGUCAUAUAACUCUUGUUGGCCCUUCUGUUGGUGUUUUAGAAGCACGGCUGAAAUCAAUGCUGAGGGAAGAAGGUUAUGAAAAUCCGAAUGAAGGUCAGUUGACCUAG